GAUUUUAGAUAAUGGGCUGUGUGCAAUGUAAGGAUAAAGAAGCAACAAAACUGACUGACGAGAGGGAUGGCAGUUUAACUCAAAGCUCAGGCUACCGCUAUGGGACAGAUCCCACUCCGCAGCACUAUCCUAGCUUUGGUGUGACUUCAAUUCCAAACUACAACAACUUCCAUGCCACGGGAGGCCAGGGACUGACUGUGUUUGGUGGAGUCAAUUCCUCCUCUCAUACAGGGACGCUGCGGACAAGAGGAGGAACAGGUGUAACUCUUUUUGUGGCGCUUUAUGACUAUGAAGCAAGAACAGAAGAUGACUUGAGUUUUCACAAAGGAGAAAAAUUUCAAAUACUUAACAGCUCGGAAGGAGACUGGUGGGAGGCCCGGUCCUUGACAACAGGCGAUACUGGUUACAUUCCCAGUAAUUAUGUGGCUCCAGUCGAUUCCAUCCAAGCAGAGGAGUGGUACUUUGGCAAACUUGGCCGAAAAGAUGCCGAGAGGCAGCUGUUGUCAUUUGGAAACCCCAGAGGUACCUUCCUGAUCCGGGAAAGUGAAACUACCAAAGGUGCCUAUUCCCUGUCUAUUCGAGACUGGGAUGAUAUGAAAGGAGAUCAUGUCAAACAUUAUAAGAUUCGUAAACUUGACAAUGGUGGAUAUUAUAUCACAACUCGGGCACAAUUUGAAACUCUUCAGCAGCUGGUUCAGCAUUAUUCAGAGAAAGCUGAUGGUUUGUGUUUUAACUUAACUGUGAUUGCUACGAAUAAUACCCCACAAACUGUUGGAUUGGCUAAAGAUGCAUGGGAAGUUGCACGUGAUUCAUUGUUUCUGGAACAGAAGCUUGGUCAGGGGUGUUUCGCUGAAGUGUGGCGUGGUACGUGGAACGGAAAUACUAAAGUGGCUAUCAAGACCCUGAAGCCUGGCACUAUGUCUCCAGAAUCCUUCUUAGAGGAAGCCCAAAUCAUGAAGAAGCUAAAACAUGACAAAUUGGUCCAACUUUAUGCUGUGGUAUCUGAAGAACCUAUCUAUAUUGUCACGGAGUACAUGAGCAAAGGGAGUUUGCUAGAUUUCUUAAAAGAUGGAGAAGGAAGAGCUUUGAAGUUACCGAAUUUGGUGGACAUGGCAGCCCAGGUGGCUGCAGGAAUGGCGUACAUCGAGCGAAUGAAUUACAUACACAGAGAUCUGCGGUCUGCGAACAUUCUGGUGGGGAAUGGCCUAAUAUGCAAGAUUGCCGACUUUGGAUUGGCAAGACUGAUUGAAGACAAUGAAUAUACAGCCAGACAAGGUGCAAAGUUUCCCAUUAAAUGGACCGCGCCAGAAGCAGCAUUGUAUGGGAGGUUCACAAUAAAGUCGGAUGUGUGGUCUUUUGGGAUCCUACUGACAGAGCUGGUAACAAAAGGGAGAGUGCCAUACCCAGGCAUGAAUAACCGUGAAGUCUUGGAGCAAGUAGAACGCGGUUAUCGGAUGCCAUGUCCUCAGGACUGUCCCAUCUCCUUGCACGAGCUUAUGAUCCACUGCUGGAAAAAAGACCCAGAGGAGCGUCCAACUUUCGAAUAUUUGCAGGGUUUCCUUGAAGACUACUUCACUGCAACAGAACCCCAGUACCAGCCCGGCGACAACCUGUAAAUCCCUGGUCUCCAGACACUGUCAUGAAUUACCAGGUGUUUCUCAGCCCUGCCCCACCUGCCCUUCAGCUUCCAACUCCGUGAUCGGCUUCUCCAGAGCGCAGCAUCUUCUUCCAGCACCGCCGUGCACGGGAGGGGCUGAAGCUGGGAACUUCUUCCGCAGCCCUUCCCUAUGACCACUUGUCCUAAUAAUCUGAAUGUCCUGGAUGAAAAGGAGAAAAACACUUGUUUUUUCUGAAUCAAAGACUCCGAAACUGCAUUGUAUUGAUGUUAUGUAAACUGCAAAACCUCUGUUCAUUGUAAAUAGAAACUCAGUGCCAAUAACUGAUCCUAGUGCUUUCCUUUUUUUAAAACGCAAAACCUAUGUGAUUUUAACUAGUCUUCUCCUGAUUCAACUAAAAGUAUUAUUUUCCAGAAGUGGCCUCUUUGUCUAAAACAU